GUUUUAAUAUCUUCUAUAAUAAAUUAGCGUACUAUACAUAAGCGCAACUGGAUCUAGAUUCGGUCGGCGCGCGGCGAGGUAGGUUAUUCGGAUAGUUUUGUAGUAUUGUCAUUUGAUGUUACUCGUUGCUAUGUCGGAAGCUUGAAGAGUAGCCAUCAAUGGAUUCAAAAGUGGAGGUGAUGCCAAGCUUUGACCCGCGUAUCUCUACCACCAACGAUGUGGUGCGACAGGCGAUCAUACCACUGACCCGCAACGCUGCUGGAGAAGGUCAGGCUAUGGCAUCAUUGUGGUCGUGUGGUCAGCCAGUAUGCGCUGCCAGCAUGGUGACCCACAACUGGUCCAAUUAUUUCCACCACUUGAUGGCAGCGAUAUUUGCUGAUGCGCUUGAAGAAGAACACUAUGCAGGAGUGGCCGAAAUGUUACUUACUGCGGAGGGUUACCAAAGACUCGAGAAUAAGAUCCAGGAGAAAGGCUGCGGAAACAAAAGCUAUUGGGUCUGUGCAUUCUCCGUCAACCAGCACGCCUGUAUUUGUGAUAACUUUGGCCGAGCUCCGCCUGAGGGGACUCCCGAGUUUGAGGAAUGGGACUUGAAGCGGAGAGAUAGCGUUACUGGCUUGGUUUUCAACGUGUGCCCAUGCAAGCAGCGCAAGAUAUGGAACAAUGAGCCGGCGCUUUGUGAGAUGAACAAAUUUGAUUCCAUGAUGCGACAUUUAAAUCGGCAGCAAAGGGACUUCUCACACCUUGUGGUUGUAGAUGUUGCUUUCGACGUGUUCACCAGAGCGUGGUGCAUUGCGGAGAUUGUCGAGUCUGGCCGAUCUCGAAUUCAUCAGCGGAUCAAGCUACACAGUGAGGCGGCAUUGGACAGAAAUUACCAACGCCUGAGUUCGAUUGACGUCCGCCACUGUAAGGCCUCCCGCCCGGAGGACAGAGAGAUGAUCCUCCAGAGCAUUCAGGACGUGAAAAGGUUUAACUCAGACCUUCAGUGGACAAUCUUCGGCACUGAAGGCCUCCUCAGAAAAUGGAUGGAUGGCCGGGAACGUGCUGCGCUGGCUGGCCGUUGCGUGCGCCGCGCUGGGACCUUCGGAGGCCAUUUUAGUUCAAGUUCAACUUUGGAUCCCAUGGACACUGUCUGACAUUUAGAAGUCUGCCUAUAGGUUGGAUUCACCGUAUAGAGUCCGAAGUGUGCCCUUGGGCCAAUUUAGCUUGCUGAGUGCAUUUUCACUUGUUGAGUCACAUAAUUGCAACUAUGCAAUCGCCUGCUUUUCUUAAUUUCCAGUGACACUAACUUGACGAUUGGGCCAAUGAGUGUAGUCCGAUAUGGACGGCUUCCGGCCUGCAUCUGACAGUGUGGCCAACACUUCACAGAGCUGGCAGUGUGACAGAAGCAACGAACAAAGCUGGAUAACUUGACGGAACGAGCAGUCGAAGUGGAUCCAUUUGAAUUCCCAUGUUUGGGUUACUCUUGCUGAGAGCAAAGCAAUGCUGAGCGACACGAAUUUAGCAACAAAAUUCAACAAUGAAUGCUUUCUCUGCCAGUGCAAGACAAUGCCAUGCCCUGCUUGCCACUGUAUAUUGAGCUCAAGGAAGCCACUCAGAGAUUGAAGGUUUUCCAUGAUGCAUCGUAAGCUGUAUAGCACUGUCACGAGGAGACUGCCUCCUGACUCUCAGUGCUUUUUUGAUAUUCUGCGGCAGAGCCUGCAGAAUAUUGACCGGUGUCCUCCGGUUUCCAUCAUGCAUGAAGCUUCUUGUCCUUCAAGUUGAUCGAAUUUGGUGGCACAAGAUCGAGCAAAUCGCUUCAACAAGGAUCAGGAUGUAAAGAAUGACAAGCCUUGUGGAACAAAAAGGCCGCCACUUCUCUUCUCCAGGCAAGAUUUUUGCUCAACUGGUUCCAUAUCGUUCCACUCAUGGUUCCACCUCACAUCGCAGCCUGGAGCACUAGCUCUUGCGCAGAGCUUGCGCAGAGCACUUUCCUUCAGACAAGUUGUACAGCACUUGCAAAGAGCAAA